AUCAAGAGAAGUAGUGUUUAACACAUGAAUACAUUUGCAUCUAAACGUCUCCAUUCUUGCUCUGGCUGAAUGUUUAGAGCAACUUCCAUGCUGCCCCAGCCUCAAAUCUUUUGCAGCCUCUAAACUCGUUUCCUUUCAAGAUUGCCUUGUAUUUAGCUCCAUCCAUCUUCUCCACAACUCUGACCAACAUCACUCUCUAUGCUGAAGAAUGCCACAGUAGGGGAUGGUGUGUUCAGGGUUACGUGCAGCGUUACUUUUAUGUCACACCUGCCGUUUUGCAUGUAGGUCAAAAAGUGGACUUUUGGUUUCGUCUUUCAUAUGUUUUCUCUGCAUUCUAAGUGGCUUGUGAUAAUCUGGAAACGAGACUUUGUCUUAUCCUGUUUAUUUGCAGCAGACCACCUGUAAUUUGAGGUGAAAGAGCUGUCCGUUCAGCACCACAGUCCGCCUGAUGGGCUGUGUCCCUGCAGGGCGGCGGAAAGCAGGAACAAGUGGAUCGCAAAUCUUACGUAUCGAAGAAUGACCAUAAAAUAAGCAAGAUGUGCUCUCGAAGAAAAAAAAAAAAACGAAAUAUUGAAAAUAAGAGGCGGAUUUUCCUUGCAUGUUGUAAGCAUUUGGUGGCAGCACUUAAGAAGCAGACGUAUAGAGACAGUGACGUUGAGCUGCACAGAAACAAGCCUCUCCAGCUUGAUUUCUUCCUUGGACCACGCUGAUAGCCUGUAUUUGGACAUACAAGAGUCAUUUAGCAUUUUUUACAAUCUCCUAAUGCAAAAAAAAUCCAUCAUGAGCUCAAAAAGCAGGCACUGAGACGAUACAGAGAAGAUGAUGUCCCCUAUUCUCCAGGGGUUCCUCCUGGCAGAGACCUUUCUCUAUGUCUAUGGAGCCCCCACCUACAUCCCGGGGUUCAACCAGAUGCAGGACAGCUCCCGUGAAGAGCACUGUACCAGCUCAGUACCAACAGAUGAGGUAACAUACUCCACAGAGUCGGUUCCCUUGGAUAAAGUGCAUGUUACCAGCUUCAUAUUGAAUGUAGGUGCAGGAGGAGGGACUGGCCCACAUGGAGGACCGGAGGGGAUAGGUCCAGUGACGCAGACAAAAAAUGGGGACAGCGUUCAUAGACAAUUUGGGUUGAGUAAGGCUGGUCAUGAGGCACGAAAGAAGAUUGAGAGCAUAUCUGUAGAGGAAGAUGUAGAUAGUGUAAAAGAGGACAAACCUGUCAACGGUGAGCGUUUAGGUCCAAAAAAUUGGAGAGAACAGGUGGACAUUGACAUGAAUACCCACACACGGACUCCAGGUAGUUUUUGGGCCUCCAUUACACCACAGAUGGACUCUUUCUACAGCCAAAAGAGCAAACAAGGUGAAACAGACAGGACAAGGCCGUCUGCUUUUGAUGGACAGGACGAAUACUCUGAAGAAACCUUGCAGUCUUCCACAAAGCCCCCAAACACUCCCUUGUGGUCUCCAAAACUGGCCUCCCUCAGUCCCAUACCUCCAUUAUUGUUGGUCACUCCUCAAACUUCCACACAUCUGACAGUCUGGGGCCAUGAUGGACCAACAAAAUCCUCUCCUUCAGAUCGUAUUUUACCUGAAAUCGGACCAUUAAACUUGAUGCCCAGAGAUGAUGGCCUGGAAAGCUUGUGGACUGAGGCAGCAAGACCUGCUGGAGACACGGCGGUCCCAGUCUCUCAGGAUGACGCCACAGAGGCCACCAUGUCAUCAGAGGCUCUUCCUCUGAUCUUCGAGCCAUUUGAAGAUGUCACAGAGGAGGGACCAGCCGGGGCGGCAAUGGUGGUCUCCCACACACCAGUCAGGUCUCCUGGUACCUUGGCAACCAGGCUGCUGCCAGCAUCGGAGGUGGACCCGGACCAGCUCGUCGCAAUGAACACAGACAGCGAAGGCCCUUCCAGAGAACCCCCAGUCUUUCUAUCUGACUGGACUUCACCUUGGCAGGCAUCUGGCUUUGAGCUAUUGGAGCCAGUCAGCACCUUGGGUCUCCAAACUGAGCAGAAAGAUCAUCUGGGGAAAGAUGCUGUGAGGACCACAAACUCUGAAGCAAACAUGCCAUCAGUAGGAUCCUCCCACCCAUCCUUCCACAGUGCAAUGACAACCAUGGCGAGCCAUCAGCUCCUGCACAAAUCCAGAACAGGGUUUGAGGGGAUGGAGCCUGAGGAGGUGCCAGAUGAGGAUGAGGACGACGAGAACUCUGAAGAAUCGGUGGAAGAAGACAGUGAAGAAGACUUAACAGAAAUGACUAAAACAUCCUCCACUCAGGCACCGUACAGUCUCAUCCCUCCACCGCCAGUCUGGGUUCAACGCAACCAAGGGCUGAUGCGUAGCUGGGCAGAGCUGAUCAAAGAAAAGGCUGGUUAUGUGUCUGGGAUGUUGGCCCCCGUCGGCAUCGGCAUCACGGGGGCCCUGUUGAUUGUCGGCGCCCUCUACAGCAUCCGAAUGCUCCACCGCAAAAGAAGAAACAGCUUCAAACACCAGAGAAGGAAGGCCAGACAACCAGAGCAACCACGGGAGCCUGGCACCAGUUUUCAGGAUCAGGCCAUGCUGCUGGCUGACAGCUCCGAGGAUGAAUUCUGAGGACGGAUUUUCAGGCUUCUUUUUGUGAGCGAUCUUUAGCUGAUGGUCUUGUAGGACUGGUCUGGGAACUGUCUCAGCCACUGUAACUGCAUUUCCCAUCAGCCUUGCCUGUUUGGGCACGGCUGAUCUGAUAUACAGAAUGUAACUUGAGUAGAGGGCACAGUGUGGACAUGCGGCACACAGGUCAGCUUUAAACCCCCUUCUGGUUGCAAUGUAUGUACUGCUCUGAAAGUCUGUCAAGUUAUACAAAGUCAUGGUAGAAAGAAAGUGCAUGCUCUUUUAAUUCUAGCAAUUACAAAAAUUAUCUUUUUUCCCAGGGUGUACAAUUAUUUCAGUCAAGUGUACAGAAACACAUAACAGAUCCCACACUGUCCCAAUCUAAAAUAAAAUAACAGGAAUGCUGGAUCACUCAUUGACCUAUUUUUGGCCAAGAUCAAACUUUGGGAUACAGAGAGGAGUUUGUUAUCCAGUCAAUGACUUCAAUGUGUUCACAUCCCAAAAUCAUUCCACUUCCAACACCGUGCUUAACAGUUGGUAGGAAGUGUUUGACUUUUACCAAACAUGGUGUUUUUGAUUGCAGCCAAGGAUCUCGAAAUUGGUUUUCUUGUGGCAACUUUUACACCCAAUCUGUUGUCUGUUUUUGUACACUAGAAGUCGGAUUUACUGCUGCACCUAAAAGGAUUCAACCCCCACUGCAUAUUAGGUUCAUCAGCACCAUUGUUCAAGUGCAAUAAACCAAUUACACAAGAACAGUUUUGGUAGGUAAGUAAAACUAAAAUAACAAACAUUUCAUCCAAAUUCAACACUAAACGUUCGUUUAAUGGUGGCUGCAGUCUCAAAACGAUUUGAACCCUUGAAGAGAACAUUUACUAAUCAGGUGUGAGAGGGCUUCAUUUGUUGCAUCAGGUGUGCUUGAGGUAUAACACCUCCAAUAUCUUGACUGUUGAAGGUGAUGUUUUAUUGUUUGUUAGAAAGUUGCCAGAAUUAUUGAAAGUUCAGAGAAGAGAUCAUUGCAUUGUACGACCAAGUAAAAGGGUACAAAAAGUAAGGCACAAACUUAACAUGGAGAAGCCCCAUGCUUGAACUCCAAGACAUACACCACAACUGACCCAAAAGCACAAGAAACAAUUGGUCCAAUGGGCUCAGAAAGAUAAAUAAGCCAAAAAGGUUUUGGGAUUUUGCUAUUUGGAGCGAAAAAUCUAAACCAAAACGUUUCGGGCUUAUGGAUCAGUGGUACCACUAAAAGAACACCAUGCCCACAGUUAAGCAUAGCAGUGUUUUGGUGAUGCUGUAGGGCUGUGUUGAUUGAUCUGAAACAGGAAGCCGGAAGCGUGCGGAGGACCACUUGGAUUUAAUCAAGUACCAGGAAAUCUUCAGAGAAAAUAUUAUGCAAUCUUUAAAGAAACUGAAGCUUUGGUAUUAUUGGUCUUUCAAACAGGACACUGACCCAAGCACAUCUGAAAAUCCACCAAGGCUCAGUUUCAGUAAAGGUCUUGGAAGAUACUACAGUAUCCAUCAUAGCAACCUGGCUUGAAGUCUUGAAAAUCUCUGGGGAGAUUUGAAAAAGGUGAAUGAAAAAUGCAAACCCGAGAGUAUUUUGGAGGCCUUUGUCCAUGAGGACUGGGCCAAAAUACCUUAGGAACGCUGCCAGAAACUGGUGUUUCUCUAUGAACCAGUAAUUUUUCACUAAAGCAAAAAGGUGCUCUGCUAAGUAGCAAAUAUGCUUGUCAUGAAGGGGUUGAAUUAUUGUGAAUGUGCAGCCAUUAUUAAAAGUUACCUUUUGUAUUUUUUAGGAUAAAUUACUUGCAAAAUCAGUGUUGAGCCAUUUAAAUUGUUCCUGUUUGAAUUGCUUAUCGCAAAAACCAGCUAGUUAAUUAAUUUUGUCAAUAAAUGUGGUUUGCAGUGGCGAUUGAAACAUUUUAGGUCACUUUUUAAUCUGGAGACCCAAUAAUUGUUAUAAUGCUCCGAUAGACAAAGUUCUCGAUGUUAAAGAGAGCAUUCUUUCUGUUUACCAUAAUUAUAAACAUGCAUGUGUGAAAGGCUGAAAACCUAAAGAAAAAAAAAACACACCAACAGAGUUUUGCACAGUUGAUCCCAAAGUUAUUCAUACUCAUGUCAUAAUUUAUUAACAGUGAGAACUAUUUGUAGAAUAUAUUUGAGUUGGCAAAAAGGGAGUCAUUUCUACACGUAGUUCAAAAUUAUUUAGAGAUUUUCUCAGUAACUUUUGCAAUGUCCAGCUUAUUGUUUCUUUUUCACUUUUGCACGUUUCUAAUUAUUGUUCUGUUGGAGGAAUCCCCAAAAAGAGCAUUUCUGCACACAUUCUGAUGUUUACCUCCAGAACUCGUGACAGGGUUUAUGCAACAGUCCUGUGUCCAAAACAACUGUUCAGAACUGAUGAGCAAACACUCUUCUGUUUGUCCUGAUAAGCCUUUAAGAACUCGAGGUGGGAUUUAGUUGGCCUGACUGAGAGAAACAGAGGUCUCUUUGGCUGGAAUCCAGUUUUCAGAGAUAAGCCUGAUGAAGAGUGUGCUGGCGUCAAAACCUUGAGAUGCUGACACCAAAACUGUGUUGAUAAAAGCUACAGAGAUUCAUUGGGAAGGCCUUGGUAGUGACCUACCGGUCUUUGAUGCUGAAAACACCAGGAGGCCUGAAAUGAAUUGUGAUGUUUAGCCACUAAGGACCGAUGCAGCCAUAAAAUGGCUAAAAAUAUUUUGAAAAAAAUAUGUAUUUUUACAGCUACUUUUGCUUAAAUCCUGAUUUAUAAUUUGGGUAUGUGAAAGACUGAAGCAAUCCUUUAAUCAGUUUUCAUCUUUUCUUGAUAGUUUAUAUAAAAGAAGUAAAAACUUUAAUUUGACAGUAAAUAGCUUAACUUGACACCUGUUUAGCCAUGAACUAAAGCUUUAACUAAGUUGGGCCAUAGUAUAUUAAUAUCUUUAAACACUAGUAAUAUGAAAUAUGAAAUCCUUAUUAAGAUCUAUUUGGUGAGGAUAAAUGUCACACAAUUGUGUACAUGCAGUGCUUUGCAAAGUAUUCAUACCUCGUACUGUGUUUCACACUUUAUCAUGUUACAGCUACAAAUGUCAGUGUAUAUUACAGGUAUUUUAUGCAGCUAAUUAAAUCCAUCCAUCCAUCCACUCUACAUUUUCUUUACCCGCUUCUUCCGUACAGGGUCACGGAGGAGCUGGUGCCUAUCUCCAGCACUCUACUGGUGAGAGGCGGGGUACAGUCUGGACAGGUUGCCAGUCCAGAACAACCAGUUCAAAGGAGAAUCUGCAGAAAAAUCAGAAGUCCAGUUUAAAGUGACAGUGUGUUAGACACAGCAAACAUAUGAAGAAGGUGCUCUGGUCAGAUGAGACCAAAAUCAACUAUUUGAACAACAUGCAAAGCUCUGUCUGUGGAGGAAAACUGCUCAUCACCAUGAAGUCACCAUUCCCAAUGUGUGACAUGAUGGUGGCAGCAUAAUGCUGUGGGAGCGCUUUUCUUCAGCAGCGACAGAGAAGCGGGUCAGAAAUAAUGGGAACAUAAACAGAGGUAAAUACAGGGCAACCCUGGAAAGAUUUGAGAGUUGAGUUGAGAAUCUGUGGCAAAAACUAAAAAGUAUUGACUCAGGUGUGUGGGGUUAAAUACAAACACAUGCCACACUUUUCAGAUUUUUAUUUUGCAAAACGUGAUGAAAGCCACAUAUCCUUUUUCUUUAAGUCCAUAAGUAUGCACUACUUUGUGUUGGUCUAUCACACAAAAUCCCCGUAAAAUACAUUGACAUUUGUUUCUGUAACGUGACAAACUGCGAAAAACCUCAAGGGGUGUAAAUAUUUUUGCAAGGAGCUGUUUGUAUAGAUACUGGUUGUUCUCCUUGCCACAUAUAGUCUUUUCAUAUCCAAGUAAAUUGUUUGGAGUAAGAGAACGGUGUCCCAGCUGGCUGACGAUGCGCCCAGAGCCGUAGAAAGGAACCAACGGGACCAAAAUGUUUCAAUCUGUACAGAAUCCACAGUAAAAAAACAAACAAAAAAAAACAUUUACUGUUUUAUGGGUACCAAAUUCUUAGCCGUCAUUUGUGACUACCUGCAGUAAAGUUGCUGUAAAAAGCUUCACAGCUUUAACCAGGUUCUAUAUUGUUCUUCUCCUAAUGGGUACCAGUCUUACAGAAGCAACAUGUUGACCUUUCAACAUUUCUUUGGAGCUCCCCACCGCUUGCUGCUCAUGAGAUUUAGUGGAACUAGACUGUAAUUUAAUUGGAAAUGCAUUUCUACGUGCAAUUCCCUGUGAUAACGCUCACUGAGCGUUGUAGUUAUGUAAACAUUAUGUCUAGUUUAAACAUCACUGAACGCCAUCAUCCUAUUUAAAACAUGUAGCAUAAAAUACGCUCUGAUGUACAAAAUAACUCCUAUAUAAACUUAUUUCUGCUAGACCUUUUCCUAUUCCUUGACCUCCAUGAUCCAUAUUUGGAUAAAUCGUGCUUGGAAAAACAGACACACUGAGGGCAGUAAGGGAAAAGGUUAGAUCUUUCCAGACCUCUGGGAGCUUCCAUCCGUUUGUUUAACCUGCCUUCAAAGAGCAGAUUUAUGAACUUAGCUGAAGAUUACAAAUGAUUUGGGAUGAUUUUAAGCAAUAACCAACAAGGUCUGAUUUAAACAUCUGUUUAUAAAGAAACCUUUGAUCAGUGUGAUCUGCUUCGUGCCUGUCUAUACGCAAUAAUACAGUUUCAAUGGAAGUGUGAUGUAAAUCGUUUAUGGUCUCUGUAAAUAUGAAAGGGUUGUUAUCUAAUAAACAUUUCUUGUGGCUGUCUGAUUCUAUUAACCACGUAUGACCAGUUGUAUAUGUUUUGAUUUUAAUAAAUUUAAAAAAACACCUUCGUUGUUCUUUAAUUUGUUGCUGGCGUUCUAAAAUGCUUUAAUGUACAGAGCAAACGGUAUUUAAAUGUACUAUUAAAAUAAAAUCUACAAAAAAAAAAAUUAAAUCUGUUCCGAUCAGAAGUUUAUCAUAAAAAUGGACUUUUAUUGAUGUAUUUCAACCAUUUGUUUUUAUUUUGGGGUUUUUCCAGAGCGUUUAUGACUUUACAUCAUAUCCAUCUAGUCCAAAACUGGUUUUGAUGGGUGUUUGAAAUCGUCCAGUUAAAACACCCAAUUAUAGCCAAGUUUUGGUACCAAUGGCAUCAAAACACAUCCUCAGCAUGAUGCUAUCACUACCAUGCUAGACCACUGGGACAGUGUGAAGGGGAAAAAAGAAAAACUCACUUUGACUUUUCCAAACAUUCGACCUCAUUAUGACCAAACAGCUCAGUGUUUAUCUCAUCUGCCUAUAAAACAUUUCUCCUGGAGAAAUUAGGCUCGUCUGUGUGGAAAACAGUCAUUUUCUGUCGUGCUCAAAGGAGUCGUCUUUUAUUUACUGCAAAGGCUUAUUUUUCGUUUAGCAUCCUCCCAGACUAUGUAGCUCCUUCGAACACCAGUCCAGUUCUUGGCAAGUCUGGUACACAAACAUACACAAAUCCAGACUUGGUGUGGAAGGCUUACUGAUUGGCCUCCCCAUAAACCUGACCUCAGUCCUGUUAAAAAUGCCAAAAAGCAAGAAAACCAAUUUAAAAGAGUGGUCAAAUAUUCAAUCAGAAUGUUGCUGGUGGAAACUCAGUAACAUUUAUCCAAAUAUUAAUGGGGUUGUAUGUAUAGAUUUAAGUUUGUAUGCGUAGUUUUGUGUGUUAGAGAAACUUUGCAAUAGAUUCACACUUGUGUAACAAAUGACCAUUGAUGUUGUGUAUGUCAAAUUCCACUGCGAAAAAGAAAUAACAGAUCCAAUGCAUUUUAAAAGCCCCUUAUUAUGCCAUUCGUGCUGAUAACAAGCAUGUGAACAGCUGAAAGUGUGUCAUGUUUUAAACCCCCGCUCCAGACAGCAGACAAGACAAUUCAAUUUUCCAGCAUUAAAAAAAGAAAUCAAAUAAUUUAUUUCUGUGUUCUUUUUCCACAUUAAAUAAAACCUAUUUGACAUUUCCAGAUCAAAAUGAAGAGGAGGGGGGACAUGGGGGGGGGACAGACAUGCAUAAAUCAACAUUUUGCUCUCCCCCCUUCCUGCUGCAUGGGUCUCAUUGGAGGUGGUGCUGCCCAUCUCUGAAGGACUGCAGGAACCUUGCCGUGAAAGCUGGUUAUGCCAAUAAUAAACUGAAAGCUGGAAAUCUUUUGCUAGAAUGGCUGACCUAGUUGGACUGGCCGACACUUUUAAAAACGCCAGAUCUUUGAGACGUUAUUUGACAAAACAAAUGCGACGCCACAAGCCAUGGCUAUGAACUGAUGAUAGAGCCCUUCGGUCUGUGAUCAUGAUCUGAAUGGAGGCGUUUUAAAUUCAAAGAAGUGACACGUUCUUGGGAGAGUUGUGAGAAGGGAUCAUUUCCUUUAAAACCAACACCAACCGGUUGGAUCGGGUGUCCAACAAGGGGACAGAGGAUUCAGUCAGAAUGACCCGGGAGUUCAAACAGGGUCAUAAUAAAACUCUGAACGGCGUCAGGCGAGCAGGAAUUUGCAUCUGGGGGUCUAUAUUGAUUGUUUUUUCUUUGCUCAUCAUUCACACUGGACCUCUGAAUGGGUUAAAGUAGCACAGAAAUGAAAAACAAACAAGAAUUAUAUUCAAAUAACUCCGCCCAACCCCCACAGGUGAUAAAAAAAAAAAAACACCGUUACACAAAUUUGAAUGACGAAAAAUAGGGAAUCCUAUCAGUGGCUUCAAAUGCACACAGACGGGUUGGCAGCUCUGUUCCUCGGCUUGUAGAGUAAGAGCUCAUCUAGAAUAAACCGGAACCGUCAACAAACGCAUGUAGUGUAAAUCUCAAAAGAGGCACUCAGCCUAUUAUGGCAGCUUCUAAUUAUCGCAGAUAUUUGUUCUAUUAAUAGGCAUGGGCCGGGCCGGGAGUCAUCAGCUCAGCUUCACUGCAUUUAUAAACUAAUCUAAAACCAACAUGUUGCGAUUGCUUUUAUUUAAAGAACACAAAAGCAACUAUUAUUCCCACUGCUGCUAAAAAUCUAUAGACAUACGAUUCGGAUCAAUAGUUAUGUUAGUUUUAUAAUUGAAACUUUUGAUACACAGUACAGCUGGUGUGUUCAAUUACCCUCGGAAGUUGUAGCUUGGAUCUGGCGUUGACCGUGGUCUAACUGCGACUCCGAACACUAACCAGCUGUGCUGCUGACUAAUACUAGCAGCUCACACCGAUCAUGCAUUUCUCUCCGUUUGCUCAUAAAUAUGCUGGAAGUUGGAAGGACAUCAUCUGCUUUGGUGCCAGCUAACAUUAACAAGGCAAUAUAUUUCUCUGUAUUUUAUGUGUUCAGAUAGAAACAAAACAUGUUCUUAAAUAGAUAUCUUACAGCAGUGGUUAAAUCAGAUACAAACUGGAUAGUCAACUCUGGGUCGCUUGGUGACCUCCAACUUUCCCAGUUGAACUUUGAAGCCACUAGGAGCUUGCCAACAGUAGUUUUAAAACCUUACAAUAUUUUUUAGAGAUAUGGGUGGCUCUCUACCUUCCCGACAAUGACUGCUUGUUUUCUGUGGCUGGAAAUAUUUCCCAAGAGAUAAAUUUGUCUUUCUUGGAUGCAAGAGAAAAUUGUAGUAGCCCUCUUUCAGCAGCAACAAGUACAGGAGGGGCAGCACUGGU